CUGCUCUUUAGGACACCAAAUACUUGAUCUACUUGAACUCUUGUCUUCUUGGUGGGAACGGUUGUAUUUUGCCAUUUUUCGACGCAGAUGUGGGUGUGAGGACCCCAAUUGUUGUGCACGGACGGGAGGAAUCAUCACAUCUUCCGCUCCAUACGCUUCGUCCCCCAACAGUGCCAAAGGUUGAUCAGGUCGAAAUUCUGAUGAGAGGUGGGCUCUCAGCGAUGACUCUUCAAAGAUGUUUGCGUCAUGGGCGGAACCAGCGUGGCAACAAGUGAAAGAACGGAUCUUCAUCCUGUUUUCCGCCCCCUGGCAACCCUGAUGUGAUAGUGUUCUUCGGUUGCCAUCUCGCAUUGAGAUGCUCAAAAUGUGAGACCACAUCCAACUAUCAUAAACGCUGCUUCGGGUCGAGAUGUGGCAGUGAUUCAAUUACCCGAGACCCUCACUUUCACCAACAAUAUUCGACCCCUGUGUCUACCAGCUUGGCCUAAAUCUAAUUUUGCCGCCAAGAGCCUUUGGGUGGCUGGCUGGAUGGGGGAUGACUAGCACUAACGGGUCCCUGAGUGAGGCUUUCAAAGAGGCAACCCUCCACCAUGUUCCAUUCUCCACAUGUCAGAAUGCCUUCAACCAGAAUCUAGCCAACAACAUAGUUUGCACCACCACGGGAUCUGGAACGUCUUGCCAUGGAGACUCCGGCUCAGCCGUGACCAAUCUCAGGAAUGGACGAUACUUCAUAGACGGUGUGGUUUCAUUUGGUCCACCCAAUUGUGAGGAUGAUCCCUCUGGUAACGCUGAGGUUUUUGAUAAUCUCGGAUUCAUCAAUCAAUUCCUGUGAUUGUGAAAUCACUGAGCAUGAUGGGCCAACAAAUUGACUGCACGGAACAUUUGACUGCCUUACAGCAACUCUCCAUGAUGGUGAACAUCAUGGAGAUCUUUAAAAUCAUGAAUCAAUCAUGCUCAAAUCGGCCCUCCGACUAGUUUUGGCGGAAAACACGUGCUUUCGUGGAUUUGAGCUUAAAAGCCCCCAUUUUAUGCCAAAGUGA